CAGGCAGCGCCGUCCCGGCUCGGUGUGAAACCCGGUUACUCAGAGGCACCACCAAAGAGCUCGGUCACCCACACAGGAGGAAGGGGAGAAAAGAAAAGAAGGAAAGGAGAAAGGAAGGAAGGAAGGAAGGAGAGCGAGCACCCAUCGAAGACUCAGGGCCGCACUUCGCCGCCGUUUACCUCAGCCGGAUGUCCGUGUCGGCGAGCGACUCUAGUAAUACGGUGGCGGGCGGAGAAGUGUCUAAGAAUAAGCGGAAAGGAGGAAGAAUCGUGAAGUCUCGCUACCUCCAGUACGAUAAGAAAGACACCAAGAAGGAUACUUCAGUAAAUUCUUUUUCAGUAUCUACUGCUAAAUCAUCGUUUGCAACUAAACCAAGAUCAGUUCCUCCUCAGAAAUGUAAAACUUCCACUGGUGGUGUUUCUAGCUCAUUAAAUCAGAGCAGUUUUGAGAAAGGUGACUUGCAGUCCACUUUAUUAGGUGAAGAUAAAAUUAGUCGACCAGACCUUGAUCUUUCAGCUAUUAAUGAUAAAACUGUCCGCAAAAAGACUCCUGGCUCAAAAUCUGCUGGAGAUACAGGAACACGACGAAAACCCAAAAAAGUGGGAAAUAAUUCUGAUGCUCUGAUGGAAGAGCUGGAGUCUCAGACACUGCUUUUAACUUACCUGAGAGUAAAGGCAGAAAAAAAUCUUGCUGAGCUGGAGAAGAAAGCAGAAAAAAACUUGCUAAUGUUGUGUGAAGAAAAGGAAAGACAACAGGAGAAGCUCUAUGAGUUGAAGCGUGAAAUUCUACUCAAAGAAAGAGAGCAGAAACUUGAUGAAGUGUUAGACAAACAGAUGGAAAUACUUUCUCCCCUUAUUCCUGUUUGUGAACAAUUUAAAGACCAAUAUAAAAACUUUGCAGUUUCCCUGGAUGCCACUAGACAUGAAUUGCCCAUAAAGAAUAUUCACAUAGAAGGAGAUACACUAACAUACCUCGAUGAACUGCAAAAGCAGUUAACUAUCACACAGGAACUUCUGACAGAAGUCACGCCAAACUACUCAGAAGACAGUGCAAAAGCAUUUAGUGUACUGACAGACCUUAAGGAAGUUUCUCAGAAACUGGAGAAAGAGCUUCAAAGGAGCUUCACACAAGUGCAGAACCUGUCAUUUGAAGUUAGUAAAGAAGUUUCUCUGCAUAAUCAAGGAAUAUGUGAAGAGAAUCAUGGACUAGAUGUUGUGAAACACUGGUACUUCAACUAAGUCUGUGUGUUGUUUUACUAACAAGUGGAUACUAAAUCAAUGCCAGCAUACUACCUGUAACUUGUCUAAACUUUCAGUUACACGAGAAGAUGAAACCAGCAGCAUGUGUGCUUACUAAUAUGAGAAAUGGAGUUUUGUUCUGUGUGCUGUCCCAUAAGGAGACUUUUUUUUUUUUAAUAUGAACUUCUGUGACACCUUUCCCAUCACUUUCUGCCCUGACAAUACUGAAAGCUAAACAGUAAGAAAUGUUAUUCUUAGCAAAUAUGACCUAUGUAUUCUUAAACAACUUCUUUUACUCUCUUGGAACUGGCUUCAAGUACACUGAUUUGCAUAUCUUUCCAAAGCAGUGUUCCUUAGAGGGCAGCAUAUCAGAAUAUAAGUGUGGAAUUGUGUAUGUGGUACUGUGCACUUGCUGAUCUCAUCAGGAGGAUCUGUAGGAAUGUACAGCGUGAUCACUGGUCACUGUGAACAACUUCUGGAGGAACUCCUACUUGUCCCUUAUUUCUGGAUUUACUGAAGGGCAAAGCUACGUGGGUAGCAAGUAACGAGGCUGAUGCUUGGAAGGAGCCUGAUCACUUGUAACAAGUGAAAAGUUUUGGUAACUUCUUGCCUAAUCGUCUUGGAAACAAAUUAUUAAAAUCAUAAAUGCUUUUUUAUUAACCUGACACUUUCUCUUUAAGGACUUUAUUUAUUCUUUUUAAUAAUAAAACUAUUUUCCACUGC